AUGACAUCUCAAGUGUUUGCUUUCUAUCUCACAUGUCUGUUCUUGGUGGAAAUGGCUCAGAUGACUGAUGUGAAAUUCUCCUCAUCUGUUCGUCAAGACAGUGGUUUUAUAUCAGCUAAUGUUGGUGAUGAGGUGACUUUGCAAUGUUUCUAUGAAGGUGUUGUUUCAAGGCUUUACUGGUAUAAGCAAAUUCUGGGGCAGAAACCAAGGCUCAUCUCCACCUUCUACAACUACGAAAGUAAUGGCACUUUUCAUAAUGAAUUGAAGAACAAUCCACGUUUCACACUGGAUAAUGAAAACAAGAAAAAUCACUUGAAGAUCACAGAUUUGCACAUCUCAGACUCAGCUACUUACUACUGCAUAAGUAGCUAUUCAUACUCGUAUGAAUUUUUAGAGAGCAUUAUUGUCAAUGUAAAGGGUUCAGGUUUGAACAUUGAAGCUUCGGUCCAUCAGUCGGCAUCUGAGAGCAUCCAGCCAGGAGUCUCUGUGACUCUGAACUGUACAGUACACACUGGGACCUGUGAUGACGGAGAACACAGUGUUUACUGGUUCAAAAACUCUGAAGAAUCUCAUCCAGGAAUCAUUUACACACAUGGAGGCAGGAAUGAUCAGUGUAAGAGGAACAGCAACACACAAACACACACCUGUGUCUACAACUUGCCAAUGAAGAGUCUGGAUCUUUCACAUAAUGGGACGUACUACUGUGCUGUCGCCUCAUGUGGACAGAUACUAUUUGGAAAUGGGACAACGUUGGACAUUGAGUAUGAGGUGGACUCUCUUGUCUUGGUAUAUUUCUUGAGUGGAGCUUUGGCGUUCACCACCAUCCUCAGUGUUUUAUUGGCUUUCUCAGUGUACAAGAUGAACAAGAGAAACAGCUGCCAGUCAGAUGAGGGUUACCAAGAUGGAGAUAACCUCCAUUACAUUGCUUUGAUGGAGAUCAAGAUCAACAGAUCAAGAAGCCAGACGAAUGACACCUGGAGUGAAUGUGUGUUCUUUAGUGUAAAGCAGUAG